AGGAACUGCGCUCCCAGCGUUCUCGGCGUGCGAGGGACUUCCGGGAGCGGAGCUGAGCGAGGUGCCUGGCCCGGGCAGAGCGCGGCGAGGUGACGGGCGGGAGGCUGCGGGGCGGCGCGGGACGAGUAGGGGUGUCUAGGCUGCGACGGUCGCUCCUUGCGGUCAUGAUGUCAGAGCUGAGUGAUGAAGCCAGCGAAUCGGAGCUCCUGAACCGCAGCCUGUCCAUGUGGCAUGGGGUAGGCCAGAUGAUCUGUCGAGAAGAGCUGGAUGUUCCACUGGACCUACACACGGCGUCCUCCAUUGGCCAGUUCGAGGUGGUGCAGGAGUGUAUUCAGCGUGGGGAACUGGAUUUAAAUAAAAGAAACUGUGGUGGCUGGACCCCGCUGAUGUACGCUUCCUACAUCGGGCAUGAUACCAUCGUGCAUCUGCUGCUGGAGGCGGGAGUGAAUGUGAACGUCCCGACGCCAGAAGGGCAGACCCCACUUAUGCUGGCCUCCAGUUGUGGCAAUGAGAGCGUUGCCUACUUCCUCCUCCAGCAAGGCGCAGAGCUGGAGAUGAAGGACAUUCAUGGCUGGACUGCCCUCUUCCACUGCACCAGUGCUGGACACCAGCAGAUGGUCAAAUUCUUACUGGACAAUGGGGCGAACGCCAACUGCAAGGAGCCUGUGUAUGGAUAUACACCUCUGAUGGAAGCAGCUGCCUCUGGCCAUGAGAUAAUUGUCCAGUAUCUUCUCAAUCAUGGCGUGAAGGUGGAUGUGAGAGAGAACACGGGAGCCACAGCACGGGCUCUGGCCAUGAAGUAUGGACACAUGAAGAUCGUGGGGCUGAUGGACCUACACGCAGCCCCAGUGCCCAAAGUCUUCUGCAGGGGCCCAGGAAAAUACUGUGAAGAUCUGAGCUCCUCGGAUGAAUCGUGCUCCACUCCCCAGAGACAGAGACCAGUCCGUAAGACCAAGGGCCCCAGUAUCCAUGAGGGGCCCCAAGCUUUGGCUAAGAUAACAGCUGUGGGAAUUGCGGGGAAGAAGCAGUCUCGCUGUGAGCAGGUCCCUCCGCAGGGCUACGUUACCUUCAGUGACAAUGGCAACUUUGAAGGGGAGGAUCUCCGGUUCCGGGAUGUCACCUCUCCAAUCAACGAGCAAGAUGUGGAAAGUAGCAGCAGCAGGGAAGAGAGUGCUUUCUUCACCAACAACUUGGACACUAUCAGGAGCAGCAGCAGCAGCAGCGAGUGUCUGCCCAAAGCCCUGGGGGUCAGCAGUGAGGGCUCCCUGGAGAGCAAUGAGGACUCUGACCAUGCGGAAAAGCUCUGUAGUCGGAAACAGGCUAAAAGCUAUGUAAAGAUCAAGACCCGGUACAGCAACAGUGACAGCCAGUGGUUUCAGAGCCCAGGCAAAGCUGGGGUGACUAGUCAGCACUGUAUGCUCCCUAACCCAGAGGCCACCACCUACACAGGACCCCAGGACCUGGCAACAUUCCUGAAGCAGAUCGGGUGUCUGAAGUACCUCCAGGUGUUUGAGGAACAGGACAUCGACCUCCGGAUCUUCCUGACCCUCACAGAAAGUGAUCUCAAGGAAAUAGGCAUCACCCUGUUCGGACCCAAGCGGAAGAUGACCUCUGCCAUUGCUCGAUGGCACAGCAAUGCCAGGCCUCCCAGCGAUGCCCUAGAGCUGGCCUAUGCAGAUCGGCUGGAGGCGGAAAUGCAGGAGAUGGCCAUUCAGCUGCACAAGAGGUGCGAGGAAGUGGAAGUGAUGAAGGGCCAGGUGUCCCAGGAGCAGGAGCUGCGGGCGGUAGUUGAGAGCUGCUUGAUGGAGCGGGACGUGGCUUGGAAUGAUGUCCAGAUCCGGCUGCGGGAGGCCCAGGCCAUCACCAGGGACGCUGGGGUCCUGCUAGAGCAAAUGAAGGUUAGAAGCAACGUUCUUGCCCCUGGAGAAAGGAGAUGCAGCAUCGCUGAGUGCCAAAGGGACCUGUGUCCAGCCUGCCAUAGCCAGAGGGGAGAGAAUCCCUGGUAUAGGCCUUUGAGGGCGUGGUGAAGAGAGGGAGUCCCAGAGGGGUCCCCCUGGAAAAAUGAGAAAGGAGGCUGGUUUGAGAUAACAGCAUAGUGUUCCCCGACGGCACUUGUGUUGCCUCUGCAUGUGGCAGCUGGAGUUCAGUGACUUCUCCAGCAGUUGUCCACAGUGCUCACAUAUAUGUAGCACAUACAUUAAAUAAGGUGUGUGCGUGGGGGGGAAGGGGCACGUGACCAAAGCUCAGCUGUGCAGAGGCAGUGGUCAUAGUAGAGGGCCAUCCACGAACGCCAGAGCAGCAUGUGUUGCCUAAUGAACGUGGUGAAGGGUGUGACAGGUUCAGUCACAGAGACCCUCUUGAGACUGUCACCUGAUAUGCUGAAAUUACCUCUGAGCCUGUUUUGCCUGAUGGCUUGGGACUCCAGAACCCUGCGUUGUUGAGACAGACAAUGCUAGUCUGCUGCAACAUGGACCUAGUCUGAACCAUGCCCCUAAAGCUGCAGGCUCUAACUGAAAAUCACUCAGCAGGUUAUCUGUCUCCAACACCCAGACACCCAGUUCCUAAUGGAAUCCAAACCCCAAAUAAAUCAUUUUUACUCUGUAUAAGGCUUAUACAGGGUAAACUCAUAAAUUGUCCGCCCUCUGUAACACUGAUAGAGAGAUAUGCACAGCUGUUUGCUCCCCCAGGUAUUAAUCACUUAAUCUGGGUUUGUUAAUAAACAAAAGUGAUUUUAUUAAGUAUAAAAAGUAGGAUUUAAGUGGUUCCAAGUAAUAACAGACAGAACAAAGUAAGUUACCAAGCAAAAUUAAGCAAAACAUGCACGUCUAAGCCUAAUACGUUUAAGAAACUGAAUACAGAUAAAUCUCACCCUCAGAGAUGUUCCAAUAAGCUUCUUUCACAGAUUAGACUCCGUCUUAGUCUGAUCCCAAUACUUGUCCCUGCUACAGUUCUUGUUAGUUCCAGCUCAGGUGGUAACUAGGGGAUUUCUCAUGACUGCAGCCCCCUUGGUCCUGUUCCAUCCCCUUUUAUGGCUUUGGCAGAAGGCGGGAAUCUUUUCUCUCUGGGUCCCCACUCCUCCUCCUAAAUGGAAAAGCACCAGGUUUAAGAUGUAUUCCAGUACCAGGUGACAUGGUCACAUGUCUUGUGGGACCCCAAGCCUCCAUUCUUCCUGGCCUGACUUACACAAACACAGGAAGGCUUACAAGUAAAUAGAGCCGUUUACAACCAAUUGUCCUGGUUAGUGGGAGCCAUCAGGAUUCCAAGCCAUUAUUAAUGGCCCACACUUUGCAUGGUUACAAUAGGACUUUAGAAUAAUACUUCGUAUUUCUAGCUUUAGAUACAAGAAUGAUACAUAGAUGCAAAUAGGAUGAACACAGUAAAUUAUAAGCUUUGUAAUAGUACCUUACAAGAGUCCUUUUGCAUGAGGCAUAUUCCAGUUACAUUAUAUUCACACUCAUUAGCAUAUUUCCAUAAAACAUAUGGAGGGCACUGUCACACAGGGUUUACCUAUUAAGUGGCUAUUUCACUUUUACCUGUAAUGGUAAAUCAUUUUCUAAGAUCUUUGUAUACCACUUACUGGCUGAGAAGUCAGCUCUUUCUUAAAGCAGGCACUAUUUUUAUGGAUUAAAAAGGACAUUAUUGACUUAACCCCAUACGUUUUGAAAAUGAUUUUUAUCUGUAUUGCUGAAUAACAGGUUAGGUUACUAAUAUGGGGAGAUUUCUUUACACACACACCCUCGCCCACUUCAUGCCACUUUGUUUAACACUUUGUAUUUAGGGUGGACAGUGAAAAGAGACUAGUCGAUUUCACCUCUGUAAACAAAUCAGCAUCUAGAGAACUUCGCUCCUGAUUCUCUCAUGCUUCCACAACGCUGCCCGUUCUGGUCAAUCUUCCUAAAAUGUGUGUUGCUGUCCUGGAGGCAGUUCCAUUGGCCUAAGGUUUUGUAGACUUGUGGCUCUGACAGCCUGUGUUUGGGGCUAUAUUUGCCCUGACAAUCCAUGUCUCUUUCUUAAAACCAUGGGUAUGUGUGACAUGUGUCAGCUGUUUGCCAUCUGCCCCAUUGCUGUGCUGGCUCUGCUCCUUUGAAGGUGGGUGGAGGGAUCUGGGAUUUGUCCCAUUAAGGAAGCAUUGAGCUUCUGUCUGCCUAGAGGAAGGAUGUCAAACUAAUUUGGUGCAGGGAUCCAAUUGCACUUUUCAUUGUGGCAUAUGGGUCAGAAUAUAAUGUUAGGACUCUGUGUGCCCCGUCAUCCACAGCAGAACUGGUGUUGGUGGCAAUGGCAGGAUUAUCCAGAGUAAAAUCUGGCCUUUAUAUGGUGACUCAGUUUAGUUAUUGUUAACUUAUUAGGGACUUCAUUGUCCACAGUGUAGUUGUAGCCAUGUUGGUCCCAGGAUAUUACAGACAAGGCGUGGGAGGUAAUAUCUUUUAUUGGACCAAGUUCUGUUGUGGGGGAGAGAAGUUUUUGAGCCACACAGCUGACUGCAGACUCAGGAAAGCAGCAGGUCACAUGUGGAAGGUUUCCUUCACAAUCUCAAGGCAAGACACUUAAAUUCUCUCUUUUUAAAUGAAAGUUGAGGUUGUGCACAGAGUCCGGGCUGAUCUGUACACUGAAGCUUCACUGGCUUAACUAAAAGUUUAAUGUUAAAUUGGUGCAGCUUUGUGUGUGGACCCUCUUGCUUUGGUUUAAAUUAAGAGUGUGUAACUUUGGGUGUGGACCAGGCUUGAAUGUCAUGUGGACCAGAUCCAGCCUGAGGGGCAUUUGUGUGAAACCCAGGCCUGGACCUUUCCCUGCUCAUCCCUGCCUCCUUCCUUUUCACUGCCCCCUGCAGCUGUUCUGUUCACAGGGGCAGGGAUUGCUAUGGAAGGCACGCGGGGUUCUUGUCUCAGGCACAUCUGCCUGGAUGUAAGGGCAGUUUAUAUCCAGUGAGCUGCUUGCCCCAAGAAGCAUGUGAUCCCUUGACUGCCCAGGCAGGUAUUUCUGGACACAGGAGGGCACUGGCAGGUGAUUUCCCAGAAGUGCACGUGUCUUGCUAAUAGGGGUUUGGUCUC